UCUGCGGCGUCAUGUCACUAACUGUCCAUCUCUCCUGUCUCCUGGCCCUGUUGGUGGCAGGCCUGGCCCAAGGCAUCAAGAGCUCCCUCAGGGGCCAGGACCCAGGUCCCCAGCCUCUGGAGCUGAAAGAGGUCUUCACGUUGUUCCAGAUCCAGUACAACCGGAGUUACUCACACCCAGCAGAGCAUGCUCGCCGCCUGGACAUCUUUGCCCGAAACCUGGCCAAGGCUCAGCAGCUGCAAGAGGAGGACUUGGGCACAGCUGAGUUUGGGGUGACUCCAUUCAGUGACCUCACAGAGGAGGAGUUUGGCCAGCUUUAUGGGCAUCAGAGGGUGGCUGGAGAGGCCCCCAGUGUGAGCCAAAAGGUAGGGUCUGAAGAGUGGGGGCAGUCAGUGCCCCUGACCUGUGACUGGCGGAAGAAGGCUGGAAUCAUCUCACCCAUCAGGAAUCAGGUAUCUGCCCCCUUGCGGCCUGGCCCAAUCCAGUCCUGGUGGCGGGAGGGGGAGGGGAGGGGCAAGGCCUGCAUUCCCUACCCCCACCCCCAUCCUUCUACCACUAGCAAAACUGCAACUGUUGCUGGGCCAUGGCAGCAGCAGGCAACAUCGAGGCCCUGUGGGCCAUCAAAUACGAUCAAUCUCUGGAAGUCUCUGUGCAAGGUAUGGCUGGGGGAGGGGACCUGUGUGACUGAGGCGGGGGUGCCUGAGGCCCGGGCACCCACACUGUCCCUGCUUGCACCAGAGCUGCUCGACUGUGACCGCUGUGGGAAUGGCUGCAAGGGCGGUUUCGUCUGGGAUGCGUUCAUAACUGUCCUCAACAACAGUGGCCUGGCCAGUGAUAAGGACUACCCAUUCAAGGGGAACAGCAAACCCCACAGAUGCCAGGCUAAGAAGCACAAGAAGGUGGCCUCGAUCCAGGAUUUCAUCAUGCUGCAGCCCUGCGAGCAGAGCAUCGCCAGGUACGUGGCCACCCAAGGCCCCAUCACUGUGACCAUCAACAUGAAGCUACUGCAGCAAUACCAGAAGGGUGUGAUCAAGGCCACAUCUACCACCUGUGACCCCCAGCUUGUGGAUCAUUCUGUCCUGCUGGUGGGUUUUGGUAAAAGCAAGUCGGUGGAGGGGAGGCAGGCAGAGGCAAUCUCAUCCCGGUCUCAUCCUCAUCCUCGCUACUCCAACCCAUACUGGAUCCUGAAGAACUCCUGGGGGGCCAACUGGGGUGAGGAGGGCUAUUUCCGGCUGCAUCGAGGGAGUAAUACCUGCGGCAUCACCAAGUACCCACUCACUGCCAGAGUGGACAAACCCGUUAAGAAGCACCAAGUCUCCUGCCCUCCCUGAGCCCACCUGGCUGCCCCCCAGCUCUCUCCUGCUAUGCCAGCUACCUCCCUGCCCACCCCACCCCAAGGUUUUUGCCUAUUCUCCCAGUGUUUCUGCUACGGAUUGAAUAAACCUAGA